AUGGACGACUUUCUGGACCUGAUGCGUCGAAGCGACCAAGCCAAGGCGGAAUUCCUGACUGCCGAACGCGAGGCUUUCUUUCGUCGGAUGGUAGCCGGAACGGCGCGAGAAGGGGUACUGCAGCUCUUCUUCAUGGAAAUGGACGAUAAGACUGUGGCGGCCUCGCUGUGCCUGGAUUACGACGGCGUUCGCAUGUUGUACAACAGCGGCCACGAUCCGGAGUACCGGUACUAUAGCGUGGGAUUGUUGCUGCACUCGCUCUGCCUACGAGACGCCUUGGAGAAGGGGUAUCGUUACUUCGAUUUCCUCAGGGGCAAUGAGCCUUAUAAAUACCGCCUGGGGGGAGUCGAUCAUCAUCUCUACCGCAUUACGUUAGAACGCGGUCAAGCAGCGGCCACUGGGGUCGUGUAG